AUGCCUGUGAACGUUUGGUCAGGCGAGUUUUCCAACUUGAGCGGUCGGGGAGGGUCCGGGGGAGCGGGCGCGGAGAGGUCAGACGCUGCGGGUAGCACGGCGGUAGACGUCAUCGGUCAGACCGGGGAUUUCGAAGGUGAUUCCACUCCCCAGCCACCCGGGAGGCGUCGCGCGUCGCGGAUGUCGUACACCAGCUCCGAAGAGUCCGCGAGGGGCAUCCUCAAACGUUUUCAUGAGCCCUGGACCAGGUCAUGUGGUGCGCAACUUGAGCGCGUCGGCCGGAAGACGGCGUGUGAAGACGAAAUGCUUAGACCGGGCCACUCAAUCUGCGAGCGAGGGCGCGCCGGGUCCAGCACGCGCGCACGGGUGCAUACCGUUCUGUGGGAUUGGGGUCAGCGUUGGGAGCCAAAGCCCUUGGCGUGCAUAAGGACUCACGGACAUGGGCUGUUGCAUAACCUCCUGAGCUCCGGUGCAGUACGGUUCACUAUAAGCGCCUUCUGCGAGCCUACGAUCUCGGGCCCGUGCGCGCCGUCCCUCGAAAACGAAGAGGACGUGCGCAUGCCGCGAAGGGUUCCCGGGGCUGGCCGCAUAAGGCCGAUUCGAGCGCAUAACAGCGGGCUUCUGCGCCUUCGAACGCGGGGUGAGCUCGUGACCUUCGUCCGAGCAAGAGAGGAAAUUGCGCACCUCGCGCGGGAACGCGCGCGCAGACGCCAGGUUCGAGAUGAGUCACCGUCCUCCGCCGACGCGGCGCGGGGGCGCUUGGGUGAUGCCCAACCUUCGCGAGCCCCCGAAGGUUCACGUGGAGCGCAGAAACCCAGCAGGGCCCACGUUCCUCUCGCGCUUGCCGGCCGACGCGUCUGUGGACUCUCCCGCCUCUCUACGCCCGCGCUGCGUUCCCGUGAUCGACAUCGACGUGCGCCCGGGGCCGGAACAAGUCGAAGCUGCGCCGCCACCUCGAGGACGUCGGCCUUGACGUGCGCGCGAAUCCACGCUGCCGACGGUCCAGGACGCUUCAACGCUGUCGGCGGACGAGCGAGGAUGUCGGCGAAAGAAAGCGAGAAUCAACCACGUUCAGUCGACGCCCGAGAAAAUGGCUCACCGUUGACUCACCUUUGCGUCGCAACCCCGCAUGAGACUGCCCGCCUGCGCGCGAUCCGGACCGCGGAACCAUCCGAAUACGGUCGACAAUGGGGGUUCCAGUCGGCUCUUCGAAGGGACAUAGCUCGGGCGGACUCACGUCUCAUGCACCGAUGUGACGCUUCUGAGCGCAAACCGCGGUUUCUGAAUCGCUGGCAUGCGCCUGAAGAACGAGGGCCGUGCGGUGCGCUUUUAGAGCGUGUCGACCAGGUCUAUCUAGAACUCCGUCAGAUCGAGAACGAAAAGGCGCGGGAGGGGAAUGCCUUGGAUCGUGACUGUACGAACGAGAAGACGCCAUUUCGGAAACGGCCCUCCGCAAACAGCACUGUGCACGUAGUCAAUACAAACUGGUCUUCGGAUGAUUGGCUCCGCGUCGCGACCCUGGUCUCUAUCCGUGAGCCAAGGAAGUCUGAGAUUCGGACACGGUUCCCUGCAAAUACACGCACCUCCAAAUCAGCCAUUCUUCUCUUCAUAUGGCAAGCAACUCCUAACGGUUUCAGCAUCCCUGCAGUUCGCAGGAAUGGCGCGCGGCCCUUGGGGCUAGCCUGGACUGAUGGGCGGGCCAUCUUCGAGGAGUCGCACCCAUUCUGUUACGGAGCCGCGGGUCGCGGCGACAUUGACAACCUGGGUAAUACGACCCCACACGAGGCACAAGAGAAGGGGUCUCCGGCGGGCGCGCUCGGGUCCCAUGGCGACGCCCUGCGAGACAAAAGCAGCAAAUUGAGACCCAAACACGAGGCCCCUGCACGACGGGAUGCGCUAGAGCUUGAGGAAAGGUUCCAGCGCGAGCGAGAACGAGAGGAAGCGGUGCCCAUAUCGAGCGAAGACAAUAAGCCGACUGGCGCUCGCGCGCGGGCAGCUGAUGACGGGUGGUGGGAUGAGGGCGUGAAAAAAGUGAAACAAGAUAGCCGGUGUGCGGUGGCAUUCGAUUAUGGCACAAUGAAGCCUAAGAGUAGACCAGAAGACUCCGCGGUCGAUCGGAAGGCUCUUCGAGGCGCACGACCCGCCACUCUGGGCGUAGCUAAUCUGAAAUCGCGCAGAUCGCAUACCUCACGCGUUUGGUCCAUCUCCCCCUACCCGCUGGAGCAACCUGGCAGAGUUCCGGGUGAGCCGUGCGUGCCUCGGCUCGGAUUCGAAGAGAGCUUCGCGGUCGGUGCUCGGAGGAUAUUCGUCCGAUUUGACUCGGGGAUGUCCGCAUGGACAGCCGGUGGGAGUAAUGCCACCCCGGGGCGUGAUCGUUGUGCUCGACCUGACGCAGACGAGCAUCGAGUUAAAGACGAAGUAGACGUACGGGCGUCAAUCGUCGAGCCGGUCCGUGCGCUCACGUGGCAGGCGUUUAUUAUCGGCUGCCACUCCUUGCCCAUAGAACUUGUAAUGCACCUGGAACGUCAACUACCCUGGACCGCAUACGGGCCUAUCCUCAAACGAUUGCGGAGAGGAAGCGUUCUUGCCCUAAACGUUGAAAGAAACUUCGCUCCCGCGGUGCUGCAACAGGCACUACUGCGCGCACCGGCGCACGACCGACACGUCGACGACACGGAGGCAUAUACGUCCUCAUACGACUGGAAUAAUUGGACCGACAAUGACAACGAGCUGAUCACACCUCAGUACGGUCAGACGCCAAGGUUAAAUAAAACCUCGCCGAAGACUGCGACUCCGACAAGAGAGCAAAUACAGUCCCCCUCACAUUGUCUCGACCUCCACCCCUUUGUCAUCACGCACUGGCUCUCUAAACGCCAAGUGCGCACGAGCUACGUCACGGCUGUCGACCACCGCGUGUCGGAGCUUGACUCGCACUUGGGCGCACCCGCGCUGACCACGGCCGGCCUCGACGCCCCCACGCUCCCCGGCACCGUCUUCUGCGCGAUCCGCGCGGCUCUUCACGCUCGCGUAGUUCUUGCGGUGCGGCCCCGUCGAGGUGGAUGCACGGUGAGACACACCUUGCUCUUUCCCCGUCUGUCGCCUCGCACUGACCCAGAGCCGGACGCAGAGCGAGAUCCGCGCGCUGCGCACGGAGGGCCGCGUCCUCUAGCGUCUCUCCGAGCAAGAUCGGUGCGGCGACGGCAUGAACUUCGGAGAGUUCCGGACCCGCGCCUUCAAGUCCUGAGCGAGGCGCAGAGUCUGCGGAUCCCACUCGUGCACGGGCUGUCGGCGGAGCGAAUCAGGUGGAGGAAUCGCCAUCACAGGGACAAGCUCGGAGUCCUUGAGCUUUACGGAGCAGAAGGAUCGAGUUGCUCUGCGAUUGCAUACGGUCUUGGUCUUCAAUCGACCACGAAUGACUUCAGCGUCCGAAGUGACCGCGGCUUCGCACACCGCCCCGACGCGAUUCACAGACCCGGUCCUAACCCGGUGCACAAUGGGGCCUCACAGCCGCCUGCGAACGCGGGCGCGGCUCCCCGUGGGGUUGCGAGUCGCAGGCGGUCUGGAUGGAAGCGCGUCCAUAUCGUGACGUCGGAACUGGGCGUUCCGUAUUCUGGGCCGUCGUGCAUUCGUUAUUCUCGAGGGACAUGGGAGAAACGGUCAAGUCGUGUUUACGGAGGAUCAAAUCACGGCGAGCUGCUAAAGCCACCUCCGAAGACAUCAAUUGCGAAGCUCUGCCCCUGCUGCAGAAUCCGUUUCAGCCAGCAAAUCUCCAAUAUCGCGGAUGCGACGCUCGGGCACGUACGGCACGAGAGCUUGCCUCGUAAACCUUCGCCCCUUUCCCGAAGGCCAGCGGUCCUGACGGUUCCGAACCCUGCAAGCAGAAACGACGUCGAAGUUUCCGGAUACGGCAACUGGGCUUCCUUUCCUGGCGUGCGGUGUCGAGUCAACGCGCCUGGUUCGGGACGCGGUGGGAGCGUGGCGCGAGGGCCGCGGACGACAAUGCAUAGCGCAGCGCUGCAAGGCCCAUCGAAUGUGUCCUCGCCGACCGGUCUUGGAAGCCGGCAGUUCUCGAGCGAGCGAGCGACUGAGAAAUUACGACCUAUACCGCUCGAGACCGUCCCGCGCAUACAUGCGGAGCUCCCCGACGCCGCCAGCCACUGCGCCGAGCAACGACGACCGCCCCAUGCGACCGCCACGAUAACCGCAGACCACAACACUGAGACCGCGGGCCACAGCCCCGCCGGCGUCGAGCGCGCCACGGUGUUCAGAUUCGAGGGCUUGAGACCUGAGCCUGAGAUGACACACACCCGUCAGAGGCCGCGAAGCACCGCGGUCGGUCGGUCGGUCGGGCCACUCAAUCUGCGCGACGCGCCGGGUGCAGUCCGUACGUAUAGCUCACCUCGCCGCGCGGCACGUCCAUCGAAAGCCCAGCGCGCGUGGGCGCUCGGUCCGGACGAGGGAAACCAGCGAAUCAGACCCGCGUCCGCGCUCGAGCGCCCCAAGCCGCGAAGGGAGUCCGCUCCCGGGCCCGAGCGCGUGCGCGGGAGGGGAACGCGCGGGUGCGCUGCGACGAGACGAGACGAGGGGACGUCCUCCUCCGCCGACGCGGCGCGAGGCGGCCGGCCGUGCUUGGGUAACGCGCAACCUUCGCGAGCCCCGAACGGGUUCGCGCGGCGCGCAGACCGCCUGCCUCUCUACGACCGCGCCCUCCCAGGCGUGCGGCGUCCCCGUGACCCCCCUGCGCGACGUCGUUCGCGGCCGGUCGGAGCGCCAGCACUUGAUCCUUUUUUUCUUUUUUCUUCUUUUUUCUCGGCGUGCGCACUUGCGCACUCGCCCUCGAUGCCGGCGAUGUGUACGCACGUUGGCGCCGCCGUCCUCCGGGGGGACGCCUCGGCGCUGGAGGCGAACGGCGGUGGCGAUCAUCAGGCGAAUGGGGGUGCGAACCCGCAGCGGUCGGUGGCGUGGGCUCCGCGGUCCUCGAUCCUCGCUUCUCGACGCUCGGUGCUCGGUGCGCGCGCGGGAGCCCGACCCCGCUGGGAACAAGAGCCCGUUGGACCGUUCGAAGAGGAGGGCGAGCGAGCCGUGGCGCGCCCCUUCCCCCCUCGCGAACCUGAGCGCAGAGUAAAGGCCCGAGGCGGAGGCAGAGAGGCCGGGAUUGCCGACGACCCGCCGAGGCGGCCGGCAAGUCACGUCGACGGCGGACGUCUGGAGAUGAACGUCUGGAAUUCGAGCCUCUCCCCGCCCGCCGCCGUCUCAUUUCCGGCGCGCCCGCGCGGCCCAUCUUCCGGGCGGGGCCCCAGCUCAUUUCCGCUCGACGCCACCCGGUGGGUGCGCCCCGAGAAAGAGAAAACAGAACAGAGAAGAGAGGAUAUUCGAGCUCAGGAGAUCAGCCUGAGGGAACGCCCACCGGUCGAGGCGCGGCGGGGUGGGAGGGGCGAGGGCGGACCGGGGCUCGAAGCUGACGGGCGGAUUUGGGGGUGCUGGGCCGGGCCUGCGCGAUUGGGAGGGUGCGCGGGCGUGAGAGCGCGCGGAAGCAGAUCCUGCGCGGCGGGCCGGAGUCUGGGCCCGCGCGACGAGGGCGAGGGCGAGGGCGAGAGAGAGAGGGCGCCACCGCCGCCACGCAGAGCCCCAGAUGGAUGGGCAGAUGGAUGGGUGGAUGGGUGGCACAGACCAGAAGGCGGUCCGCCGUGUGGAGGGCGUGAUCCCCGGACAUACGCAUCAGCGGUGGAGAAGAGGGGCGGGCCUCUCGCCCCGACACCGCCAUGCGCUGGUGGUGCGUCACAGAAGAGGGCCGAAGCUCACGAUCUCCCUCGAGCGAGGGGGACUGCAGAGAGUAAGGGAUUGGAAAGCGAGGUCGAGAGGAUCGCAGAAGCCGCGUCGCGGGACGCCCCUGGCCGUGCCACCCUUCUUCUGAGCCCAGGCUCUCCGACGCCUCGUCCUCCGUCGGCGCAGAGCACCAGCCCAGCGCCUCUGGCACUGGCUUUGACGCUCUGCGCAGUGGCUGAGGGGAGAAGAAGCGCACGACGCACCGAACGCCGCGGAGCAGACGAGGAUUACGGUUAUGAUGGCGGCGUCAAUCGACCGCCUCAGGCGUGCUCCAGCUGCACAGAGAAGAAAGAGAAAGAGGGAGAGGAAGAAGACGCACGAUCUCGCCCGCGACGCGUGCCUCGGGCGCCACCCCGCCCAUGGCGCGCCACCCUCGAUUCUUGUCCGCUUGACGGACCCAUCGUCGCGCGCCCGGCUAUCCCGCGCGCGGCGUCCCCCAUCGCCGCGCGAGGGAUCUCCAAGCACCGCCGAACCCCCAAAGAUUCUCGUCUGUGCGGAUACGCUUGCCCUUCCCAUCGCGUACGUGCAGCAGGGAGCCAAGCAGAAGCCCCGCAGGCAAGAAAAAACAAACCCGAGCACGGCGGAGAACGCGGGUGCACUCACCCGGACACGCAUAUAGAGAAGAGGAAAGAAGAAGAAAAGAACAGCCCGCGACGUCGGAAUAAUGGCAAGACGAGACGAGAUACGCAGACGCCAGCGCCGCGAAAACGAACCGUGCGACUCGGAUUUGCUUCCGCGCGCGUCCCGGGAGCGCGCGCCUCGCGUCAUCUGAUCGGUGCCCGCGCGCGCGAUAAGAUAGCGAUAACGCCCGGCGGGGGUGGAUGGGAUAUUGUACAGCUGGUAGAACACCGGCCCUAG